AUGAGCACUUCGUUGCUCACUAAAUUGCAUGAAUAUUUCGGCUGCACGGUCUUGGAUUCUUGUUUUUGCAAAGAUGUCUUUCUUGAACAGGUGGCGUAUUUCUUGCAAACUUCUGCUUUAAUCCCACAUUUCGUAACGCUAUCUGAGAAAUGUAAUUCUUCAGAAAGCAUAUCCAGUGUUAACUUAUAUCAUCCUCUUAACGAUGACAGUGAUCACCUUAGAUUGCUUCGCUUGUUAAUAAAGUUAAGCGAAGAUCUUCACAACCAAUUAACCAGUUAUCUAGAGCCGUUUUGUGAUUCAGAUUUUCAGAUUUUGAUGAAUGACGGUAUGAUAUUCAGUGAAAUACAGGAUGUUGUUGCAUCUUUACUAAUUUCUAUUGAUGCUGAAGUUUUAUUGCAGCCUUUAUGGUACACAUAUUUGUGUUUGGAGCUUGAAUCGGCUGAGGCUGAUACUGAAGAAUCUAACAUAUUUUCUACUGUUAUAUGUCCAGAUGUUACAGGCGAAAAAAUGCAGGUGUUAUCAUUGGCCAGGAAUUUUACGCAUAACAAUUCUCUUGUCAAUUGGAAUAAUUUAUAUCGCCGCCUGUGUAUACCAUAUACGAAAGAGGCUUUAUUAUACAGAACAAAGUUAUUGUGUUCUGAAAACUAUUCUGAACGCUUUCUGAGUUCAAUUAUUAAAUAUAAAGAUUGUAUACUGAAGGAAGUCUUCCUGCCUAGAUUAUUUUCUAGUAAAUGUGAUACACUUGAUAUCAGUCUCGAACUGUCAGAUGUAGUUGUCUAUUCAGCAUUUUAUUCGGUUCACAAACCAGAUAUGUUUUCUCUAGUCAUUGAAUACCCAGACUCUGUCGCUGCUCUUAUGGAUCUAGGAAAAUGUUUAGAUCACCUACCAGUACGUCAAGAUUUGAUAGCUCAUCUUACUAAAGAGAUUCGGCACAGACUGUUGCAUCCUGGUGUUCAUACAGAACAAAUUUUGGCUGCUUAUAACUACCUAGUACGCGCUUUACGUUUGAUUGAUAACACAUUCCUGGUGCAAGAUAUUGUUUGCGAACCGGUUUCGGCGUGUCUUCGACAAAGAGAAGAUGCUGUUCGUUGUAUAGUAGAUAAACUUAUUUCGGGUCCCGAAUCAGAUACUGGAGAUGAUGAGGUGAAAACUGAAGAGUAUGCUGAUACAACUACAGAACUUCAUCAAGAGUUGUUAUUACCAAAGCCAUUAGAAGUGGAAUCGUUAGAUGGUGGUGAAGAAAGUGACACUGACAUUGUGUUCGAAGAUCCUCCUUUCGACUCAGAAGUAGAUACGGUUAAUCUAUCGAAUAAGAAUUUUGUUUGGGAUAAUGAUUGGAAAGCUGAUCCAAUAGAGGCUUUAUAUCAAGGUGGUGGAUCAUGGCGUCGAAAAUUGGAUCUUCUCAGCAUGUUAGUUAGCAUUUAUGGGAGUAAGAAAGCCUUCUUGGUUGAGUAUAAACAGUUGCUGAGUCAACGUCUAUUGAGGCAAAGAAGUUUUCAUACAACCAGAGAAUUAAGAAAUUUGGAGUUGUUAAAACUUCGUUUCGGUGAACAGAAUUUACAUGAAUGUGAGGUUAUGUUGAAAGAUAUUCGGGACUCGAAGCGAAUCGCCAGCCUAGUGUCCGAAUCUGCUGCCUCUGCUAGCUCAAAGGGAAAGCACACAGAACAAACAGACAAAUUAAACAGCCCUGGUUCUGUGACUGUCACUUCUAACAGUAAUACAACAACAACAACAGAUUCGGAUAAUAUUCAGAAUAAAGAUUCUGUCUCAGACAUCAAAACACUGCCAACAGUUGUAUCAGCCUCUGGUAGUAUUACUACCGUUGCUAGUCCUUCAAACAAAAAUAUUAUCUUUCCGUUGUCUGCUUAUAUUCUGUCAAUACACUAUUGGCCAGAAUUACUCGAUGUUAGUUUUAAAGUACCGGAGGCUUUUCGUCCUGUAUUUGAACAUUAUGAAAAAUGUUUCCAGUGUCACAAAGGCAAUAGAACACUUAAUUGGAUGCAUAAAUUGGGACUAGUCAAUAUAGAUUUGACACUUGGGAAGCGUACUAUAAAAAUCGAUGUGACCCCGUUGCAAGCGUCAAUUAUCUACCUUUUCACAAAACAACGCGCUUGGUGUAUCAGGGAUUUAGCUCAGAAACUAGAAACUCAAAUAUCAAGUAUCAGAUCAAGUCUAUGCAUGUUUAUUCAACUGGGAUUUUUAAGACCUUUAAAUUCACAAAACAGUAAUUCAAUGCGCACACUUGAUACACUGGAAGCAUAUGAAGUUUGUGAUGAGACAGACACCUCUGGUGGUGGUGGUGGCGGCGGUGAAAAGUCAACCGAUGCUGAUCGUUUAACACCUUCACAUGAUCCUGGUAAAGUCGUUGAUUCUCCUGCUAUUGAGACUGCCAGUAAUUGGAUUUUCUCAUCAGAAGAUAAUUCUGAUGCAAUUGUCACGAGUGUUAAAGAUCGCAAAGAAAAAGAAUUACAGGUAUUUUGGUCGUAUAUCACUGCUAUGCUGACCAACCUUGGAAGUCUUUCGUUAGAUAGAAUCCAUUCAAUGCUGAGAAUGUUUGCUCUCGGCUCUACAUCAAGCUUAGAAUUCAGUAGAGAUGAAUUACGCAAAUUUUUGGAUAGAAAAAUUCGUGAAGGCCGAUUAGGCUGUGAUGGCGAUAUAUACAAAUUAUUAUCACCAGAUGUGUAA